AUGUCGAACACGGAGUUUACCCCAGAGCAUCUCAAAGAGAUUUAUGAUUUUGCGGUGCAAUUGGCCAAAGAUGCCGGACGCAUGUUGAUGGAUGGUGUGGAGGCCAGAUGCGGCAACGACAGCACUGCCGGGGUACAGCAGGAACAGAUCGAGAAGGACAGCUCGGUCGAUAUUGUCACACAAACUGAUGAAGAUGUCGAAGCCUUUGUCAAAGAACAAAUUACAAAGAAAUAUCCCAGUCAUGCCUUCAUUGGCGAAGAAACAUAUUCCAAAGGCGCUUCAAAGGACUACCUUAUAACUUCCGCACCAACCUGGUGUGUGGACCCUCUAGACGGCACAGUCAACUACACGCACCUAUUUCCCAUGUUCUGCGUCUCCAUCGCCUUUAUCCUCGACCACAAGCCUACCAUCGGAGUCAUCUACGCACCCUUUUUGAACCAGAUCUUUUCCGCUUGUUCGGGCCAGGGAGCUUGGCUGAAUGAGACUAGACGAUUGCCUUUAGUGCGCAACCCGGUGCCGCCUAUGCCUGAGCAAGCACCCAAGGGAUGUGUGUUCAGCUGUGAAUGGGGAAAGGAUAGACGUGAUGUCCCUGAUGGCAAUCUGUACAGAAAGAUUGAGAGUUUCUUGAAUAUGGCGGGAGAGAUUGGAGGUAGAGGAGGUAAGGGUGGUAUGGUGCAUGGUGUGAGGAGUCUUGGAAGUGCAACUCUAGAUCUUGCUUAUGUAGCUAUGGGAUCAUUCGAUAUCUGGUGGGAAGGCGGAUGCUGGGAGUGGGAUGUGGCAGCAGGCAUCUGUUUGCUACAAGAAGCAGGUGGUUUGGUCACUACUGCUAAUCCUCCUGAAGAUCCUGUUACAGCUGCGAUUGAGGAUGUUAGGUUGGGCAGUAGAUUGUAUCUUGCCAUCAGACCUGCUGGACCUUCGGCAACAGAGACAGGAAGACAAAGCCAGGAAAGAGUGGUAAGAGAAGUCUGGAAGAGGGUCAGACACCUCGAGUACACGAGACCUGGCGCAUAG